CACUGUGACAAAGGCUACACGGGUGAAAGUAAAAACACGUUAAUAUUAAAGUUAAAACAACACACACAUAACAUCACUAAAUACAAAAAAUUCACAGUUAAUCAUUCAUUUUAAAGAACAUGGUUUGGAUAAAUGAACAAUCUCAGGGCUGGAAGCCAACCUAACUUGGACGGAUAAACAGAGGGGGAAAAGUGAAAUGAGAUGGAUACACAGAUUAAAAACAUGGAUUCCCAUGGGAUUUAAUGAAAGAGAGAUGUUAUAAUGAGUGCAGCAGGAGAGAGACAGCACUGCUGCAGAAAGUCUCGGGCUCCUGAUCCUGCUCACUCACAGCUGUGUGAGGAUGUGAAAACAGAGUCUUUAGAUGGAGGGAUAGAAGUCUGUGUGAAGAAAGAGGAGAUGCUGGAGCUGAACAUCUACAACCAUGGACACGACUUCAACAACAUACCUGAAGUUAUGUCCAUUAAAGAGGAAGCAGCUGACACUGAAGACUACCUCUACUGUGAGGUUUGCAAAUCCUUCUUCUUCAACAAGUGUGAGGUUCAUGGUCCAGCGCUCUUCAUCCCUGAUACUCCUGUUCCCUUGGGGGUUGCUGACCGAGCCAGACAAACCCUUCCUCCUAGACUAGAGAUUCGGAAGUCUAGUAUUCCUGACGCAGGUCUGGGAGUGUUUAAUAUGGGGGAGACUGUUCCAAUUGGUGCACACUUCGGACCGUACCAGGGAGAGCUGGUAGAACGAGAGGAAGCCAUGAACAGCAGCUACUCUUGGGUGAUAUACAGGAGCAGGCAGAGUGAAGAAUAUAUAGAUGCCAAGAGAGAGAUGUAUUCUAACUGGAUGAGGUAUGUGAAUUGUGCUUAUAAUGAUGAAGAGCAGAAUCUUGUGGCGUUUCAGUAUCGAGGGGGGAUUCUAUACCGUUGUCGUCGACCCAUCAACCCAGGACAGGAGCUGUUGAUGUGGUAUGAUGAGGAAUACCCCAAAGAUCAGGGCCCUGCAUUUGAGCACCUCUGGAACAAAAAGUGUUCUGCAAAUGAAGUAAAAAGCACUCUGUUGCAAGUUGUCUCCUGCUCCUUGUGUACACUUUCCUAUACAUCUCAAAUUUACCUCGACAAACACAUGCGAAGAUGCCACUACGAGGAUUAUGUGAGACUUCAUAAAUUGAGAGAGAUAAAAUAUGAGACUCAGAUGCCCACAAAAUGCUCCAUUAAUCAGCAAACAUUUAGUACUCUCAGUUCCAACAGCUCUCACAAAGAAAUGCAGAAGGAAUUUCACCACUGCUCAGAUUGUGGAAAGAGUUUUACGCAUCCGAGUUCUCUACAGCGACACCAGCGUAUUCACACAGGAGAGAAGCCGUAUUACUGCUCACAGUGUGGAAAGAGUUUUACUGAACAGAGUGCUCUACAACUACACCAGCGCAUUCACACAGGAGAAAAGCCUUAUCACUGCUCAGAGUGUGGGAAGAGUUUUAUUCACCCAAGUAAUCUCCGAAAACAUCAGCGUAUUCACACAGGAGAGAAGCCAUAUUACUGCGCACAGUGUGGGAAGAGUUUUACGCAGCAGAGUAAUCUUCAACAACACCAACAUAUUCACACAGGAGAGAAGCCAUAUCACUGCUCACAUUGUGGGAAGAGUUUUAAUCGCCAGAGUCAUCUCAAACUACACCAGAGCAUUCACACAGGAGAGAAGCCAUAUCAAUGCUCACUAUGUGGGAAGAGUUAUAAUCACCAGAAUAGUCUUCGAAAACACCAGUACAUUCACACAGGAGAGAAGCCGUAUGACUGUUCACAUUGUGGAAAGAGUUUUGAUAGACAGGUUGAUCUCCAGAAACAUCAGUGCAUUGACACUGCCAUAAAGACAUAUCACUGCUCAUAGUAGUUCACCUUCUCUGCCCAUUUGCAUUAGAAGUCAAUUGUAUACUGCCUAAACUGGUACACUGUGGCCAAAAUUAUGUGGACAUCUGACCAUCACAUAUGUGGGCCUUCUUAACUGUUGCCAUAAAGUUGGAAGCACACUGGAACUAGGGGCCCUUCACUGGAACUAGUCACCUGUACCAGCAUGACAGCAUGCACCAUGUGCACAAAACGAGGUCCAUGAAGACGUGGUUUGCCAAGGAACUCGAGUGUCCUGCACAGAGCCCUGACCUCAACCCCACUGAACACCUCUGGGAUGAACUGGAACAUGGACAGUGCACCAGGCCUCUUCAUCCUACAUAAGCCCUCCUCACUUGGAAGAAAGGCUGUUUGUUGCGAGUUAUUUCAUUUAUUCCUUAGGCAUUAAUCGAUUAUUUGCAUAAUUUUUUCUUAAUAUUUCAUUAAUAUUUAAUUUUCUUCUUGCAAUGGUUAUGCAGGCACAUUGAGUUUGAUAACCUUGUCAAGUUAAUAUGUAAACGUGUACUUUGCCAGUAAAACACAAUGCUGAGCAGGCUAUUCACAUA